GCUGAUUCUUUGUGCAAGGUUGAUUCUUUGUGCAAGGUUGAUUCUUUGUGCAAGGUUGAUUCUUUGUGCAAGGUUGAUUCUUUGUGCAAGGUUGAUUCUUCAGAUAGUGCUGAUUCUUUGGAUGAUGCUAAUUCUUUGGAUGAUGCUAAUGAUGCUAAUUCAUCAG